UAAGUAGUUGUAAGUAGUUUACAAACAUGGCAUCUGCAACAAGGGCAGCGAGGGAGCAAAAAGAAAUGGAUCCCGAAGAGAUCAUGAGACGUAAGUUUCGGGCCAAGUGCCGUUUUAAAGCAGUAGGACGCAUGGUGAUGGCCAACUGCUACUGGCUGAUAGAAGCGGCUGACCAAUACGAGGGCGUGGAAGAUGUGAAGAGGAGAGUCGCUCAGGCCGUCCGCGGGAAGGCGAAGAAGAAACGCCUUUUGAAUAUAAAUGAUAAAGCGCUUCUGAACAAGCCUAACUGUGACAGGACAGACACUGAGAAAAAGUAUAUUUACCGCAUCAUUGGCGGACUGAAAUGUUUUAAGCGGUAUCCUAACCAUGUUAAAAAGAAGUUGGCAGCGGUAACGUAUUUCAAGUACUACGGUCCAAACCGCGUUAUAGUCCGUCAACAUCACGAUGCUUCUGCGCUGUACUUCAUCGUGACGGGUGACGUCACGGUCAGCCAGAUGAUCUUCGAUGAGUUGCUGCAGCAGUACGUGUCUGUGGACAUCGGUAUCAUGCACCCGGGCGACAUGUUCGGAGAAGUGUCCUUGUUGCAUAAUAUCCCUAGGACGGCUACGUGUACAACUGUUGGUCACUGCGAAUUGUUAGCUUUGAUGAAGGAAGACUUCAAGAAUGUGCUCCAAGCGUCCGUGCAGAAGCAGUGGGAUGAAGUUCGGCGUGCCAUGUCCGCGUUCAGUUACUUUGAUGCACUCGAUGAGGUAGCGAGUCGUGAAGGAUGCAUCGUUGCAAAAAUGAAGACAUACAAUGCAAACGACAUAAUAUUGGGAGACGGCUGUGGCAUUCCCAACUUUAUUUACUUCAUCUUGUCAGGCCAAUGUCAGAUGAUUGAGACCCUCCAAAUCUCGGUCCACACGGGUUGCGGACAUACGUCUUACUCUCUUUACGAUCCAUAUGUCCCUAAAGAAGAAAGUGAGCAGGAUUUAGAUACAAAAUAUUUUGGUGCUUAUAAAGAUAAAACUAAAUAUAUGAUGCAGUCUGACACCUCGGAUAUGUCUUCAAGUCGAUCAGGAUCGAAACGCGCAGAAAGUCUUUUGCGGGACAUUAAAAACAGAUCCAGUUCUAUGACUAAACGAGAUAGUAUACAAAUUAUACCAGAGGAGAGAGUGGCCCCGGACGUUCCAGCAGCUGGAUCGAAUGCAAGCCCAGCUGUGCCUGAAACCAUUCCUGAAGAAAAUGCUGAAGAAGCCUCGGAUGACCGUCGCCAGUCGGUCAAAUCUGAAGUGUUGAUGCAUCCUUCUGAACAACAUCGCGAGUCCGUAAGGUUCAGCGUGCAGCACCCCCCUUUGAAACUGAAUAUUAAAACCUAUUUUAUGCAGGUGUGCAAGUUUUACCCCGGCUCAACGUUUGGUUUCGGCGAGAAUAUGCGAGAUCGUAGGAUUGUUGCAGUAACUCCAGUUGACUGUAUGUUGAUGCCUAAGAUGUGGCUGCUGCAACGGAACACAGCAAACAUCUGGUCGCGCAUACAACACUUCCUUGAAAAGAAGAUACCAACAAAGCGGCAGUUGUUUCAAAGUUUUGUCUCAGAACGUCGCUGGCAAGAAUUCCGUGACCAGCUCGUGGGCGACAUUGUGGCGAGGUCCAACACCAUCAACUGGACCUCCUUGCAUGACGUGCCCUAUUCUAUACGCAUGGAGGAGAUGGUAGACAUUUGAAUUCUCUAUUAGAAGUUUAUGAAGCACGAAAUAAAAGUUGUAGAAAUAA